CGUCAUUUACGCUUGCUCUAUGGCUUCCCACUGUGCCAGCAAGAGCUUUCAAAGGACAGCUGUAGGAUAAGUGGCUCUACAGCCCUGACUGCUCCCUGCGAUGUGCAGCUGUCGCUGUGGCCCUGGAACCAGCAAGAGGUUGCAGACGAGCUCACUUGGGAAUUUUCCAGGGGCCGUGUUGAGACCGUACGUUCGCUGUUGGCAGCUGGCGCUAAUAUGGAACUGGCUGCGGCCUGCAGGACUGCUCUCAUGCACGACUCCGACGGCAGCUACAUUGAGCUUGUGCGGUUGCUUGUUGAGGCCCGCUCCAAGCGUGAUGUG